AUGGCCAGCAAGCAGCCGGACAUGCCAUCCGACCCCAAGGAGACGGAGGCCCAGGGCUCUUUCCAGCCGACCAAGGAAACCAAGAAGAUCGCCUUGGAUCCGGCGCACCCGGAGAGACACGCUAUCAUCAAGCUGAACACGGCCGAUCGGCUGAAGACCGCCUUCAUCACACCAUUCGGAGCCUUCUAUUACCUGGCCAUGACGUUCGGCUUGAGAAAUAUGGAGAAGCACGGCACCCUUCUGGAGGAUCUCAAGGAGACCUUUCACAAUUUGCGCCGUUUUCAAAUCAAGCUCAACCCGGAGAAAUGUAUCUUCGGAGUACCUGCCGGCCAGCUCCUUGGUUUCCUUGUCUCCGAGCGUGGCAUCGAAUGCAACCCCGUGAAGAUCAAGGCCAUUGAGCGGAUGCACAGACCCACCCGGCUGCGGGACGUCUAG